CAUACUGAUGUACAUGCUUCUAAGCAAAAUGUGAAAAAACAAGCUUUGAGGAGAACUCCAAGGAAAGUUUUAAAAACUGAGAGCAAAGAUGCAUCGGAACAUAAGAAUAAGGACAUCGUUAAGAGUUUAUCUCAACACAUAAAAAUUUCGAAGGAUGUUCAGAUUACAAAGGAGGUUAGGAAAGGAAAGGGGAAG